AUGGUGACCGAGAAGAAGAAAUCGAAGUUGGAAACGAUUCAGACCCUUCGCGCCUUAUCAAUCCUUGCCGUCCUUGCUUUCCAUUCGGGAUUUUGGGGAUCAAAGGGGAAUCUUGGAGUUAGAAUCUUCUUCGUGAUCUCUGGCUACUUGAUGGCUCUAAUCUUGUUGAAAACGGGUAUCACAAAAGAGUCAGUCAAAGAAUUUUACAUCAGGCGAAUCAAGAGGAUUGUUCCUAUGUAUUUACUCAUUUUGCUGGUGAAUCAAGUUGCGAGCCUUUUCUUUCUAUCAAAAGAGAGAUAUCGACGUACAACUCAAGACACAAUUUAUGGGAUAUUGUUAGUCAAGAAUAUUCAUUAUGAUCCAGAAAUGCUUCUCCCGAUCAAUCAUUUGUGGACGGUGGCGGUUGAAAUGCAGUAUUACUUGAUUGUCCCCGGCCUCUUCUAUUUUCUGUUUCCGAUGAAAUUCUGGCAGAAAGCCGUAAGCAUGGUGCUGAUGGGAGUGGCUUCUUUUGUACUGUGUCAGUAUCUCCCAAACAUGGCUCAAACCAAUUUCACCCCAGCUCGCCUCUUCGAAUUUCUCCUCGGCUCUCUCACGUUUUUCGUCGAAAAACAGUGCAGAGAAACAUUUUUUACCAACAAAAUCCCCAAGUCUGUAACGAUCAAAAACAAUAAAGUCUCGGAAGAAAAUAAAGACGGGAAGAUAGUUGCACAGACACAAGUCUCAGAUGCCCAUGAAAGCAAAAGUACAUUGAAAGUUUUCCUCUCAUUGAUUUCUUUCAUCUUGUUUUUGAUUACUUGCAUCAUUUGCUUUGCGUUACCCGGGAAAAAGACAAAUGUUGAUAUACUGGUAUCACUUUUCUGUUCAGCGGGCACGAUAAUUUGUGCGAAUCUGGGCAAGGAUCUCUGGGUGAACAAUGUGAUCCUUUCGUAUAUCGGAGACAUUUCCUAUGUCCUAUAUCUUGUUCAUUAUCCACUUUAUGCGUACUUCCAUAUGAAAGGCUUCACGCACACAUAUUUCGAUGAUGUCAAAGACUUUCUCUUUGCAUUGGCGCUCAGCUUUUUGCUUGCCAUACUUUUGCAUCACACACUGGAGAACUAUUUCAUCAAAGCCGCAAAUAAAAUCACGUUUUUGUUUAUUGGAGCUCUCUUUCUACUCAUUAUCUCAUUCAUCAUCGCCGUACAACUCAUCGAUUCCCAAGCCUUACCGCUUACUUUCCAAUCUGGGAGAAUACAUUUUUUGAGAAGAUUUCAACUUCUUUACUGGGCUCUUCGAAAGCGCAGAAUUGUGCGCCAAACACUGUUUCCUUCAAAGUGCUCGGAGAUUCCCGGCUUCACUGAUAUUGGAAGAUCGUGCUAUGCUGUUGGAAGAAACACUGACGCUGCCCGAGCUGGCUGCAAGAAACUCCAUCCACAGGCAGAUUUAGCCACAAUUCGAUAUGAUUCGGAAAAUCAAGGAGCUUACAAGAACCAAGGAGCCUGUAAUCAAGGAACUUCUACGCUGACAAAUGUCUUUCGGAACUGGAACAGCGGUGAGCCAAAUGGAGGAGAGAAGGAGCCACGUGGAAGCCACGGCACGAGUGGAAAUGGUUGUGGUGUUCGCCCAUGUUCA